CUCUUCCUCUCUGUCUGUCAGUGUCAUUCUGUGGUGGAGAUGUGGAGUGUCUUUUUUUCUCUCUGUCUGUUUUUCCAGCCUAAUUCAGCAGAGGAAGUGAUGCUGCUGGACACAACAGAGACGACCUCCGAGCUGGGCUGGACCACCUAUCCUGACACGGGGUGGGAUGAGGUCAGUGUCUUGGAUGACCGGGGGAAGCUCAUACGGACCUUUGAGGUCUGUAAUGUCAACCAAAAUCCCCGUCUGCAGGACAACUGGCUGGCGACGCCUUUCCUGUACCGCCACUCAGCUCCACGGGUGUUCGUAACGUUGCGUUUCUCGGUACGUGACUGUGCCAGUCUGCGCACGCCGUCACCCACCUGUCGAGAAACAUUGACCUUGUUCUACAAACAGGCCGACACCCAGAGAGAGCUGAUGAGGACCUGGGUGGCUGAGCCAUCCAGCGGGGAGAAGGAGACGAGGGAGGGCUGGGUGAAGAUCGACACCAUUGCGGCUGAUAAGAGUUUUUCAAAGGUGGAGCCCAGCUCACCUCACCAGUAUCAGCCCAACAGAUACAGCCGCAUCAAUGUGAAGACACGCAGCUUUGCCCCCCUAACACGCAAAGGAUUUGUCUUGGCCAUCGUUGACAGCGGAGCUUGUGUUUCCCUCAUGGGUGUGUCUAUCUUCUACCGGCGCUGUCCAGCCACCAGCCUCUACUUGGCUUCAUACCCAGCUACUCCCUCGGGUGCGGAGCCGACUGCCCUCGUGCCUGUGACUGGAACAUGUGUCCCCCACAGUAAAGCGCAGGGAGGCACGCCACCUCGCAUGCACUGCAACGCUGAGGGGGAGUGGCUGGUACCUGUCGGAGGAUGUGUGUGUGACGGCGGGUAUGAGCCCAACGUCAAUGGAUCUGCCUGCUUGGCUUGUCCUGUGGGCUACUUUAAGCCUGUUUCUGGCUCCGUUCCCUGCACUGUGUGUCCACCCAACAGCAGAACCAGCCAGGAGGGAUCAAGUGUGUGCGAGUGUCGCAGCAGCUUUUAUCGGGCAGCCAAUGAUGCCAACUCCUCUGCCUGCACAACUCCUCCAUCUGCUCCGGUCUCUGUGAGCUGGGAGUACGAGAGCGGCGAUGGUGGGGUCUCCUUAAGGUGGCGGCCUCCAGUGGACAUGGGAGGUCGCAAUGACGUGUCUUAUGGCGUGGUGUGUCGCAUCUGCCCCUCGCCCACCUUCACCAACCCGGCAACGUGCUCCUGGUGUGGAGAGGGCGUCACCUUCAGCCCCUCCCAGACCAACCUGAAACAAACCAAAGUCACCCUCAACAACUUGCUGACCCGGGUCACUUAUCUCAUGCAGGUGCAAGCCAUGAAUGAGGUGUCAGCCCUGAGUCCAUUUCCAGCUCGAUACACAAGCAUCAACUUCACGACCAGUCAGUCUGUUCCAAGCACGGUUCCCAUGAUGCACCAGCUGAGCCGUGCCCCAGACUCCAUCACUCUGUCAUGGCCUCAGCCGGACCGGCCCAACGGGGACAUCCUGGAGUAUCAAAUCAGAUACUAUGACAAGGGUUCAGACGUUGACAGUGCGUUGACUGUGUACAGUGAGACCAACACGGUGACCAUCACCUCGCUGAUUCCAGGCUCCAUUUACGCCUUUCAGAUCCGAGCUCGAAAUGAACGAGGCUACGGCCCCUACAGCAACACUAUCUACUUCACUACGCUGCCUCUGGAAGAGCACUCACAGCAGAUCCAGAAUCGCCUUCCUCUGCUGGUGGGCUCGGUGAUGGGUGGGGCAGCGUUCCUGCUUGUGGUGGCAGCCAUUGUUGUUGUGUUUGUGUUUCGCAGCAAGAGGAGAGAGAGUCCUUACAGCGACCGGCUUCAGAGGUACAUCAGUAACAGGGGUGGUGUAAAGUAUUAUGUGGAUCCAUCUACCUAUGAGGACCCCAGUGAGGCAGUUAAAGAAUUUGCCCGUGAGAUCGAUCCCACUCACCUGAAGAUUGAGGAGGUGAUCGGUGCAGCCCAGUUUGGUGAGGUUUCCCGAGGCCGUUACCGUCCGGUGGGCCGCAGGGAGGUGCUGGUUGCCGUGAAGACUCUGCGCUGGGGGGCGUCUGACAGAGAAAGAGGGAUGUUCCUAAGUGAAGCCGGAGUCCUGGGGCAGUUUGAUCAUCCUAACGUGCUCAAGUUGGAGGGUGUUGUCACCCGUAUCCCUCCAGAGAGGAUCAUCACAGAGUUCAUGGAGAACGGGCCUCUUGAUGGCUUCCUCAGGGAGAACGAAGGCCAGUUCAGCAUCCUCCAGCUUGUCGGAAUGCUCAGGGGAGUUGGUGCAGGGAUGCGGUACCUCUCUGAGAGAAAUUUCGUCCAUCGAGAUUUGGCAGCCAGAAAUGUGUUGGUCAACUCCAACCUGGUCUGCAAAGUGUCUGACUUUGGUCUCUCCAGACUCAUGAGGGGCCUGGACCACAACAUACCUACAUACACUGCUUCUUUGGGCAGUAAGAUUCCUGUCAGGUGGACAGCACCGGAAGCUUUUCAACAUCGCAAGUUCAGCUCAGCCAGCGAUGUCUGGAGCUUUGGCAUUCUGAUGUGGGAAGUGAUGUCCUACGGUGAGCGCCCUUACUGGGACAUGAGCAAUCAAGAGGUGAUGAAGGCAGUAGCAGAUCAGUAUCGCCUCCCUCCCCCCCACAACUGCCCCCCUACUCUCCACUCUCUGAUGCUUCAGUGUUGGCAGGCCGAGCGAGCGGACCGGCCAGGCUUCGACUCAGUCCUGUCCUCUUUGGAUCGACUAAUCAGACACCCUGCCUCUCUCAAGGCCGAGCCAACUCGGAGCAGCUCGCAGCCGCUGCUCAGCCCCACCCCGACAGACUUGUCAUCAGUGACGACAGUCAGUGAUUGGCUGAAGGCCCUGAAGAUGGAGAGAUAUCAGGAUGAAUUUGAUCGAGCGCACAUGGACACGUUAGACACAGUCAGCGGACUUACUAUGGAAGAUGUGCAGAACCUCGGCGUGAAUCUGCUGGGACACCAGAGGAAGAUCGUGAAUGCAGCCCAGCAGCUCAGAACCCAUCUGUCUCAGGGGCAUGUGGAGGUCUGAAGUCCACCCUCAGCACAACCUGUCACAUGGGUUUCUUAAGUUUUCAUGUUCCUCUGCUUGUUGCGCCUGGUUUCUGCAACACUUUUAAUUUGAUGGAGCACCUUUGAACUGCACAUUCAAGAAUCAAUGGAACCAGCGAGAGGUACCGCUCUGGAACGGUAAAUCCCAUUAAACUCAAACACAACAGCCAGAAGGCGUGAAAAACAAGGCUCACAGCCAAUGAUUCAACACUCAUGACAGAAGAGAGAGCUGCAGCCCAGAUCGAAGGACGCUUUAAGUUUCUGGGAAGGAGGACUAAGAGAUUUUUGUCGCGUUCAUUUCACAAUAUUUCACAUUAUUUUUGCUUGCCCUCUUCUGUCCUUAACUUUCAGCGAUGCCAUUCCUCAAACUCUCCACUGUUCUCCGUCGCUGAAACCUGUCAAUGUCCCCAUGCUCACCAAGUUUGAUAAAAGUUUAAAAGUUUCUUUGUUUAAAUACUCAAGGAAAUCUUUCCUCACAAAGAAUUGCGUGAAGACAAUCAAAGCCUUCCUUGUAAUAUUUUUGUGUUAUUUGUAAAGUUAAUACACUUCCUCUCUGUCUAAACUGCCAAACCAUGAAUGGUGGUCUAAUGAAGUCCCACCAUUUGAUUUCUGAAAAAUGUAUAGUUUGUUUAAUGUCAUGGAAAAAUGACCAGAAAUCACCAGUCGAACGUCAGUGAAGCAAGUCCCUUAUUUUGAACAUCAAUAAUUGCUAUGAAAAUAGGAGAUUUCACCAAAAGGUUGUUUUUUUUUUACUUAACUUUAAGCCAUGUUUUGUCUUCUCUUUAAAAGACAUAUCCAGACUCUGCAAACAGCCAUGUUUGUGCAAGUCACUCACUGUAGAGCUCCUCAGUGACAGCUCUUACUGUAAAAUUUCACCUCAGCUGCAAACACAAGCAGUGAAAGCAGAAGCCAGCAGCACCCACUUCUACAUGUACAUUUCACACUUCACCUCUUUUUGUUUGACUGCCUGAGUAAAGACACUGAGUCAUCAAAGCGUUGUGAAUGUGUGAAAUGGAAAAAACGGUCAAAUCUGAUCUGAUUUAUGCUUGAGAGAAGGAAGCGAAAUACCUUGUAAGUAUGUAACCGUGUGUCUGUGGCGAGUGUGCGCACGGUAAAUGAUGCUGGAUAUAAGCGUGUGUGUGUGUGUGUGUGUGUGUGUGUGUGUGUGUGUGUGUGUGUGUGUGUGUGUGUGUGUGUGUGUUUGAGUGUGUCAGGCUACACACAAUACUAGUUGUUUACUUGUGUGAGUGUUCACCAAUAUUCUGUAAUUGUCCAAAUUUGUAAAAUAAAUAU